GCGGGAAGUUAAUGAUUAAUACUGCAUUACGAACAGCACCAUUUUUGAGACUUGUUAAGACAUUUGGAGAUUGUUUUCUCUAAGUUGCUGCAAGACUACAAACAUUGCAAAGAUGGAUUUUCCUGACCCAGAGGAAGAGUUUGAGAUGAUGUAUGCAGAUGAGUUGGAGGUGAUGAGGGAAAUGGAAGAUGAGUGUACACAUGUGGAUAGUGGCGCACGUCCCAAGUCAAAGCGCAGUUUGAUCUUCACAAGCCCCAAAGCUCUGCCGUCAGCAUCUAGGGCAGAGCAGCUGGCUGAUGAUGACACAGAAUGUCAACUGCUGGAGGUUCAAACUGCACUCCCACAAACUGAAAUUGGACCUUCUGAGCGCAGUGAGAGGAAGAGAAAAGUUGAGGAGCUAUUUGGAGACAUUGCCGAUAUUGAACUUGAAGACAGAGACUGUUUGGACAUGUUCUCAAAGAGACAAAAGCAAGCCAUCAUGGAGUCCGAUGCAGAUCUCAUCAAGAGGAUCAAGUCACAGAGGCGAGAGGUUCAAGCUCAGACACAGACCCAACAUGUCCUCGGUGACUCGCCAUAUUCAAAAGUGAAGAGCAGCAGCAUAACAUGGAGGGUGCCCAGUUAUCCAUUUGUGUCUGUGGCUUGCAGCAAUGGAGAGCGGAUGUACGUCAGACUGCGCUCUGAGGAGUACUUUGAGCAACAGAUCAGCAGCAUCACAGCGCAGAGCCGUACUGUGGGGCUUCUCUCCGUCCCGUACCAGACACUGUGGGAACAGGCCCAGCUCUAUAUACAAAAGAAGCUGGACCAAGAGGAAGCUGAGCAGAGGUCCAGCGAGCCUGCCACAGAGCACACUGAUUCAGGAUGCGAGACCAUGAGUGAGGAAGAGGACAGUGCUGACCUCUGGGUAGAGAAAUACAGACCAAAGAGCUAUCUGGAAUUGCUGAGUGAUGAGGGUGCCAACAGGACACUUCUGCACUGGCUGAAGCUGUGGGACAAGAUUGUGUUUAACCGAGACAGGAAAGUCAAGCAGAAGGCCAAGGUUGACAGCAAAAAUGAGAACCGCUUCCAGAAGAAGCUUAGUCAUGUGUUGAAUGAUGGGUUGGAUGAACAUGGCUGCCCGCAGCAGAAGGUCGCUCUACUGUGUGGGCCGCCAGGCCUGGGGAAAACAACACUGGCCCACAUGGUCAGCACACAUGCAGGUUACAACGUAGUGGAGGUGAAUGCUAGUGAUGACAGGAGUCCAGAUGUGUUCCGGACUCAGCUGGAGGCAGCUACACAGAUGAGGUCCGUAAUGGGCAUGCAGCCACGACCCAACUGCCUGGUGCUGGACGAGAUUGAUGGUGCCCCUGCGGCAUCCAUAGAUGUUCUCAUAAAAUUUGUGCUGGGGAAAGACACAGGCAGAGGGGCACGAAGCAAAAAGAAGGGGCGUGGUGGUGGUGUCUUAAAACGGCCAGUCAUAUGCAUCUGUAAUGAUGUGUACGUUCCAGCUCUCCGGUCACUGAGACAGAUCGCACUCAUUGUCCAGUUUCCUCCAACAGCUUCCUCAAGGUUAGCACAGCGGCUGCUGGAAAUUGCUCGCAAGCAGUGCAUCAGGACUGAUAUGGGAGCACUUUUAGCUCUUGCCGAAAAGUCUCACAAUGAUAUCCGAUCAUGUCUCUCUGUGCUGCACUUCUUCAAGUCCCGGAAGAAAGAUGUCCGCCUGGUUGACAUUCAGAAAAGUAGCAUCGGGCAGAAGGAUAUGCAGAAAGGCUUGUUUUCUGUCUGGCAGGAGGUGUUCCAGAUACAGCGCCCCAGGAGGAAGCUGUUCAGUACCAUUUUGGCGAAAGGAGAUGACAGACUUCAACCAAUGCCAGACUUGAACUCCCUCGAGAUGAAGUUCGAUGACAUGUCCCUUGCUUCAAGGAUGCUUGGUGUGCUGAAGACGGUACAGUGCUGUGGCGACUAUGAUCGUCUCAUGCAGGGUGUCUAUGAGAACUUCCUCAGCAUGAGCUUCAGGGAUAGCCGACUUGAAGCGGUGUCACUUGGACUGGAGUGGUUCUGUACCGCGGACAUGCUGAGCCACAAGAUCCACGCCACACAGAACUAUAUUCUGAUGCCAUAUCAACCUUUUGCAUUUGUGAUGUGGCACUUCCUCUUUGCUUCUUUUUCCUGGCCGAAGAUCACAUACCCUAGCACAGGCUAUGAGGUGAUAGUGAAGGAGCAGAAGGCCCGACAGAUCCUCAGAGAGCUCAUGCGAGGGAUGGCACCACUGGUGAGGAUACAUGCCAAUCCUGCCCAGCUCCUGUUUGACACGUUACCACUUUUGCUGCAGAUACUGGUCCCAACGCUCCGUUCGGUCAGCAUGCAGCUGUACAGUGCCCGUGAGAAGGAGGAUCUGAACCACGUGAUCAGUGUCAUGAUUGACUACAACCUCAACUACGUUCAGGAACGCACAUUAGAGGGCAACUACAUAUACAAUUUGGACCCCAACAUCGAAGAGCUGGCAUUGUUCCCUGGUCAGAAACCUGCUCGACUUCUCAGCUAUGCUAACAAGCAACUGAUUUCUCGUGAAGUUGAACUGGAGAAGAUGCGACGAACAGAAGCAAGGCUACAGACUGAUACUGAUGCCACCAAAGAGACAUCAUGCAGCAAUACUGUUUUGCCAAAUCAUCGCCAAACCCUGCAGCCAAAGACCAUCUCUGCCGAAAUGCAAUGCCGAGAUUUCUUCGGGCGCGUGGUGCAGCAUGGGAAGACUCCAGCAGACAGAGCAUGCACAGAUGAGAUUGUGAAGAGUGACAUCUGGUUUCACUACAAGGAAGGUUUCAGCAAUGCUGUGCGCAGGUCUGUCAAGAUCCAAGACCUACUGAACAGUGGAGGGAUGUGAACGAGAAGUUUGUGAUGUCAGAACACAACCCCUUGUGGUGGUGAAAACUGCAGUCUUCCGCGAUAUGGCGCCAUGUAUUCUGGUAGAUAGUGACGAACACUGAAGAGGAACUGUACCUCACUUCUGGAAGACUAAGGCAGUUUGUUCUCUAAAAUGUUGGUAACCAUGAACCAGACUUUACACAUCGCAGGGAACCAAAAUCUUGUGUUAUUUAGCAUGGUUGUAUCAUGUUCCCCCUCCCCCCCAUUUUCACUAAUUGUCAUCAGUGUGGAUCUGAGUGAAUUGAAUAGAA